UGACGAGUAAUUCGGAUUUUUAAGUUAGAACAAAAAUGAGCUCGAAUAAAAUAAGUGAAAAAUAAUUUUUGAACCGCAACUCAAAACAUUAAUUUAGUAAUUUUUUUAAUUUUCAGUGCUGCCGGAUUUUCAUUUUCCUUGUCUUUGAUUUGUCGUUUUCUCUGUUUCCAAACACACAUAUAUACGCAGAGAUUUGUUGUUUCAUCUUCCGGCAAACGUAAAGAAACGUAAAUCAAACAGCUCUCUGCUAUACAGAAUUUCAGUCACCUCUAUUUAAGGACAUUGGUGUAGGUGUCGGGACAUGGAUUUGAGUUUGCAGAUCCUCUGGUCACAACAGCGUCAUGACUUCCUCUGUGCAUGAUCUUUAUGAUGAUAACGAAAUUGGUGAACAGCAAAAACACUCAGAACCCCACAACCAGUCGUCAUCUCCUGCAACAGGACUUUCUCCCUCUGCCAUCACAACCCCAAAUAUCCCAUACACGACAUCUCAACAUGCUGUGGCACCGGCUACUUACCCUUAUCCGGAUCCAUAUUAUAGAAGCAUAUUUGCUCCAUAUGAUGCUCAACCAUAUCCUCCGCAGCCCUAUGGUGGUCAACCUAUGGUCCAUCUUCAGUUGAUGGGUAUUCAGCAAGCAGGAGUUCCUUUGCCAUCAGGUGCAGUUGAGGAGCCUGUGUUUGUUAAUGCAAAACAAUAUCAUGGCAUCUUGCGACGUCGACAAUCUCGUGCAAAAGCCGAAUCAGAGAAUAAAGCUAUCAAGUCUCGGAAACCAUACUUGCAUGAAUCCCGUCAUUUGCAUGCAUUGAGACGAGCAAGAGGAUCUGGGGGUCGAUUUCUCAAUUCAAAGAAAAACGAAAGCAAACAGAAUGAUGCAGCAUCAGGUGAUAAAUCACAGUCCAAUAUCAAUCUGAACUCCAAUAAAAGCGAGGUGUCUUCCGUGGAGGGCACAUCUUGAAAUUUUGGAAGCAAUUAGAUAUACAUGCAGUGGUCUUAUUGCUUAAAAGCCAGAAAAAUAGGUUUGAUCAGCCUUUUUCCAACAGUAGCAUAGUAUCGGAAUUACUUCUUUUUAGCUCAGAAAUUACAUCUUAAUAGUGUGUAUAGACUUCGAAGUAAUAGCAGGACCUUAGGGAGGUUGUUAAAACUGAAGCAAGGUAGAGUGUUGUUUAAGUGCAUUUACAGUUCUCUUGCACAUUUUUAUCCGAGGGACCGAUAGUUAAUCCGCAUGGACGUGUUUCUUUGCACUUAAAUACUAAGAUAGGAGAAAAAACUGGAGCCUUGUCGAUUGGUCGGGUCUGGUUGAUUUAGUAUAGGAAGGUUAGAUGUCGAAGUAGUAUCAGCCCUAAUCGUUAUAUAUAUACAUACAGGUACUUAUAUGUGUUAUCAACUUGGAUAAUAAUCUGAAAUGGUUUAAUUGAUUUGAAA